AUGUCGGUUACUUCAGUAUCUCGAGCUUUGGCGUCCAAAACACCUAUACUUGUUACUGGACCACACAAACCCGACAGCGAAGGCCAACAGGAGCUGGACGAGAUCAUCAGAACAAUCAAGGCCCAUCUCUUAAGCCGACAUCGUGAAUCCAGUAUAGGAAUUCAGGUCGAUCACAAAUCGAGACAGUUCGGACAGGUCACCCAGUUUCUUGACAGGACUGGUGUGAGAUACGACACCGACGACCAAGAUAUCCUGUUUAUCUAUGCAAUGCCCAGUUCCAUUCAUCAGAGCUUGGGUAUAUUUGCAGUUUCAUGUCUCAACCAAUUGAAAAAUGAGAUCCUGAUACCAGAAGAAGCAAGAAAUCUCGAAGUCGGGGUUACCUCAGUUCGUCUUGGCGGCAAAAUUAAAGGUAAGGGUACCAAGCGGCAAGCAUCAAAGAAGACCCCCGAUCAGUCCUUUUUUUUCAGUGAUCCACAAACCCACUGCCGCUAUCGUACCGUCAUUUUCGAAGCGGGCUUUAGUGAAACACAUGACGAUUUGGUACGGGAUAUGAAACAAUGGCUCUUACAUAGUCGUGGCGAAGUCCAGCUUGUCAUCCUGGCGGAUAUCAACGAAGACAAGAAACAGCUUUUGAAACAACAGAAGAGCGACUCCUUCAGAGACCAUGCUGCUAAAGUCCUGAAAGAUUUCGGGAAUCCGCUUGGAAGAAGAAAACAUGCCGAGAUCUUGACGGCGGAUAACUGUGUUUAUCAGGGAGAUCGAGACAUGGAUACUUCCGCCCUGACUGAAAGACUGCCUCAUGAGAUUUAUGGUGUUGUGCAAGUGGAGGACUGGAUUGGCCCAAUCACUGCUGAUUUGGAAUUUUGGGCUCUGAAGGACUCUGAACCUUAUAUAAGAGGCCAUGCUCGUGUGUUCCCUUCGCUGACCGGACGUUUGCCUCCUAUUUAUGCUGGCGAUAUAAUCCCUCUAUCCUGCCAGGGUAGCUUUCCAAAUUUCGAUGCGUCACGGAAGCUCUUUUUGGACCUCGAGAAGUUUCGAUGCUGUUUACUUGAUGGGAUUCGUGAUGACGCUGUUGAGCGCGCAUAUGAUUUCGCAUGCCCAAACAGCGAGGAUGACGAAGACGAAGAUUAUCAGGAGUAA